AUCCGCCCCCCGGCCGCCAAAGCUUUAUCACGUUUCCAGGAAUGCAGCUCAGCGUUCGGCGAGCGCCGAGGCUGGAGUGCCGGCACCCACGCCGCGGUCCCCUCUCUUAUCGGAACGGAGCUAAUAAUUCCAGCAGCGAUGACGCGGGCGGCCGUUGUCGCCGCGCCGGCUCGCAGAUUGAUUCUGCGUAGAACAGCGCGUGGCGCCGGCUGACGCCCCCCACCACCGGCGGCGGCAGUCAGACACCGCGCAUGCGCGGGCUGGGAGCGCGCGCGGUAUUUAAAUAGCGCGCUGCGGCGUGCGCUAGCCAUUACCGCCGCCGCCGCCAACCGAGCAGCCAUGAGGAGGUCUUCCGCCGUCAGAGCCACAGCUGCCAUGAUGCUCGCCUUUCUGGCGGCCGUCUCUGCCGCCGCUGUCAUCCCCGCACCCUAUCCAGAUGGGGCAGCGGACUCGGCAGAGGACGGCGAGUCCGGGCCGCCGCUGGUGCUGCUGCCUGGCGGCGAGAAGCGCGCCGCGGACGACGGCGGCCGCCUGAUGCUGGGGCUCGGUGUCCUAAGCAACAUGCAGCAGUUCUUCGACAACCUCCGCUCAAACCUGGAAACCAUAGAGUCUAUGCCCAAAGAAGAAAGGGAGGCUCUGUUGGGGCAAGCUCCAGUUGUCACAGAGCAAGACCGAGAAAUACGGCCAAAAGCCACUGCUGCUUACCUUCAUGCCUUGAGAAAUCAUCGACCUUCAUAUAAAAUUCGUAAUUUUGUGGCAGAAUCUGAAACUAGAAGCUCACAUGGUAGAUACGACCCAGGCUACCUCUGGACAGGGCUUGGAAGGAAACGUUAAAUUUCAAGGAGUUACUGAUUCUAGCAUAUGAUGUCAGUAUCAGAAAUCCUAAGCAGUGCCAAACUAUUAUUACAUAAUUAAUCAGCACAAUUUCUAAUCAAUUAAAGUAUUAAUAUAAAUUUCAAGUAAAUGUCUGAAAAAAUGAAAAUCACCUUACAGGUUAACAUUGUUCUUCCAUCUUUUCACAGUGAUAAGUGAAUCAUUCAUUUGAUGACUCUUAAAUUCUGUUACUAAAAAUGGGAUGUUUCAUAGGAAUUGACAAGUAAAGCAGUUGUACAAAUAAACUAUGUGCUAUGGUGUAGCAGGGCACCAGCCGCAGCCCUCAUGCUAGUUACAAUGCAUGGAUCAAAGUAGGUAAUGUUUGCACACUCUGUAGCAACCUUGUGUGAACAUCAAACAUAAAUCCAGAUUGCCAGGAGGUGAACCAAGAACGAUGGACCUCUGGGUACCUCUCCAGUCAUGAGCAAGAGGUCAUUGGCCACACCACAAAACUAUGCCCCCAUCCAGUCUCAAGUGACUAGUGGGCAGCAUGUCUCUUUCUGAAGAGGGAGGAAACCACUUGCAGACAUUACAACAGCUUUGUUAUUAGCUUGCAAAACAAUAAGGAUAACAAGAAAUUAAUUCCAUCUUUUGAAUGGUUCUAACUAAAUACAGUUCAAAGGUAUAGGUUCCAACAACCUCCCAGGAGCUGCAACUAAAAACACGAAAAACUAGCACUCGAAGAAGCCGAACUUCUGAGUGUGACACAGCCUUCUCCAGUAGCGCGUUAUUGAGAGCUUAAGUGUUGGACUGCAAGCAGUUGGCACAUGCCUCAUCCAGCUCUUGCUGACAGGAAGUGUCCACAGUGGGCUGGCUUAAAUAGUCACUUUUCAGGAAGAGAUGUGCUACCCUCUAGCCACUUGUGACUGGAUUGAGGUGUGGUUUUGUGGUGCAGCCAGUGACCUCUUGCUGAUGCCUGAUUAGGUACUGGGUUGUCGAUAAUUGUCCUGGCAGUCCAUGUUUAUAAUUGAUGUUCUGACAUGGUUGCUACAGAGCACAUGUCACUUACUUUGACCAGCACAUCAUAAUUGUCAUGAGGAUUGCGGCUGGUGACCCCGGUCACCAUAGCACUGUUGUCUUUAGACAGUCUCCUAAUUUUCACCAAAUAACUAGUUUCUUGCCAUUUCAUUCAACUGUUGAAAUAUAUGCCCAUAUCUUGUAUGUAGAAGACCUUAGGUUUGUUGAUGUAUUGUUGUAACAGUACUUGAAUGUAUAGCAAAGGGAAGAACAUUUUGUGUCAUUGUUUAUCACAUGAAACUCCAGUUAUUAUGCUUGAAUUAAAAUAUUUGUCUUGUAACAGUAAUAAAUGAUUUUGAACUUGGACAGUAAAUGUUUUGUUAUGUACAUAAACAGAAUGCUGGAGGCGGUGGAAAAUGAAUGGAAAAAGUUUUGAUAAGGAUGCUAAUUCUAGUCACUACAAUCUAGUCAUACUGAAACCUGUUUCUCCUGUUCUCUAUGUUAUAUUUGCAGUUAGUUCUUAGUAUUCACUGAAUGGAGAAUUUUUUAUGGUUUUCAAGGCAAAUUACUUAAAUUUGUUACAUAAUCUUUCAUAUCUACCACAAAAAAAAUUUCUGCUAGUACAGUAGAUGCAUAGUCAGUAGUACAUAAAAUUUGAAAAGGCGGAUUUAUGUUACUUAUAAUUCAUUGGAAACAUGUAAAGAAUAAUUCUUAGCAGUUAUGUUAGUUUUAACUCUUAAGAGAAACAAUAUGUUUUUGAUUAAAAUGUUGUAAUCAGGCACUGAAAAUGUACUGAAGAAAUGUAAAUUGCUCACAAAGAUUGUUACAUGACUUUCACAAGAAAA